AUUAAAAUACUUGAAAAUUGUUGAAAUUCAAUCUAUCGGUGUUUGUGUGUGUGUGUGUGUGUACAUACACAAUACAAGUGCUACUAAAUUGAAAUUUUUUAUUAUCAGAAAUGGGUAAGAGUAAAGAUGCAAAACAGGCGAAAAAAGACAACCUCGAAGACCUCAAACAGGAGGUCUCGAUGGAUGAACACAAGAUACCGAUUGACGAACUGUACCAACGGUUGACUGUGGAUCCCGAGGUUGGUCUGACCGCUGAACAGGCCAAGAAGGUGCUAGAAAGGGACGGACCUAAUGCGCUGACACCGCCAAAGCAGACACCCGAAUGGGUCAAGUUUUGCAAACAACUAUUCGGUGGUUUUGCACUAUUACUAUGGAUUGGUGCCAUAUUGUGUUUCCUGGCCUAUGGUAUACAGGCCGGUAGUUUCGAAGAACCGGCACCGGAUAAUUUAUAUUUAGGUAUAGUGUUAGCCGCUGUGGUCAUCAUUACCGGCUGCUUCUCCUACUAUCAAGAGGCCAAGUCAUCAGCCAUUAUGGAGUCAUUCAAGAAUAUGGUUCCCCAAUACGCCACAAUCGUCAGAGAUGGUCAAAAGCACACCAUUACGGCUGAAGAAGUAGUGGUCGGAGAUAUUGUUGAAGUCAAGGGCGGCGACAGAAUUCCGGCCGAUAUUCGUAUUAUUAAAUCUCACGGAUGCAAAGUUGACAACUCAUCGUUGACCGGCGAGUCCGAACCUCAAACACGGUCAUUCGAUAUGUCCAGUGAUAACCCGCUCGAGACCCGCAAUUUGGCAUUUUUCUCGACCAAUUGUGUGGAGGGCGCCGCCACCGGCAUCGUCAUUAACACAGGCGAUCGUACAAUAAUGGGUCGAAUCGCCAAUUUGGCGUCGGGUCUGGCUAUGGGUGAAACACCGAUCGCCAGAGAGAUCGAGCAUUUCAUCCAUAUUAUCACUGGUGUCGCCGUAUUUCUGGGCAUUACCUUCUUUCUCAUUGCAUUCGUAUUGGGCUACCAUUGGUUAGAUGCCGUCAUUUUCCUCAUUGGCAUUAUUGUGGCUAACGUUCCCGAAGGAUUAUUGGCUACAGUAACUGUAUGUCUGACAUUGACUGCCAAACGUAUGGCCAGUAAGAACUGUUUGGUAAAGAACUUGGAGGCCGUCGAGACAUUGGGCUCGACAUCGACCAUAUGCUCAGAUAAGACGGGAACAUUGACACAGAAUCGGAUGACUGUCGCGCACAUGUGGUUUGACAAUCAUAUCAUUGAGGCCGACACUACUGAAGAUCAGUCGGGUGUCCAAUACGACAAAAGUUCAGAUGGAUGGCGUGCACUGAGCCGGGCAUGUAUGCUAUGCUCACGGGCUGAGUUCAAGGGUGGCCAGGAUAACAUUCCCAUUUUGAAACGUGAGUGCGCGGGUGACGCCUCCGAGUCGGCAAUACUCAAGUGUAUGGAAAUAGCAAUCGGAAAUGUGACCGCUUAUCGKAAACGUAACAACAAAGUGUGCGAAAUACCCUUUAACUCGACCAACAAAUAUCAUGUGACCAUUCAUGAAACGGAAGACCCGAACGACCCGAGCUAUUUGGUGUGUAUGAAAGGAGCGCCCGAACGCAUACUGGACCGAUCGGGAACCAUAUUCAUCAACGGCGAAGAAAAAAUACUCGACGAAGACAUGAAGGACGCCUUCAAUGCGGCUUAUCUCGAGUUGGGCGGUCUCGGCGAACGGGUUAUCGGAAUGUGUGAUCUGAAAUUGCCGGCCGAUAAGUAUCCGCCCGGCUAUCCAUUUGACGCCGAUGAGGCCAACUUUCCGUUGGACAAUUUGCGAUUCUUGGGACUCGUAUCGAUGAUUGAUCCGCCACGCGCUGCCGUACCCGACGCUGUGGCCAAGUGUCGCAGUGCCGGCAUCAAAGUCAUUAUGGUUACCGGCGACCAUCCGAUUACAGCCAAAGCCAUUGCCAAAGCUGUCGGCAUCAUAUCGGAAGGCACCGAAACGGUUGAAGACAUUGCGCUACGACUAAACAUACCCAUUGAGGACGUGAACCCGCGCGACGCCAAAGCGGCGGUGAUUCACGGCCAGGAUCUAAAGGACAUGAACUCCGACCAGUUGGAUGAGUUGCUCAGAUAUCAUACAGAGAGUUUUGCCCGUACGUCACCCCAACAGAAGCUAAUCAUUGUGGAAGGUUGUCAACGACAGGGAGCCAUUGUUGCCGUCACCGGUGACGGCGUCAAUGACUCGCCGGCGCUCAAGAAGGCCGACAUCGGUGUGGCGAUGGGUAUCGCCGGCAGCGAUGUCAGUAAACAGGCGGCCGAUAUGAUAUUGUUGGACGACAACUUUGCGUCCAUUGUGACGGGUGUCGAGGAGGGCCGACUUAUAUUUGACAACUUGAAAAAGUCAAUCGCAUACACACUGACCUCAAACAUACCUGAAAUAUCGCCCUUCCUGUUCUUUAUCAUAUUCAACGUACCGUUACCAUUGGGAACGGUUACCAUCUUGUGCAUCGAUUUGGGCACUGAUAUGGUGCCCGCCAUCUCAUUGGCCUACGAACAGGCCGAAAGUGAUAUAAUGAAACGACAGCCCAGAGAUCCCACAAAGGAUAAGCUGGUCAACGAACGGCUCAUAUCGGUAUCGUACGGCCAGAUCGGUAUGAUUCAGGCGGCCGCCGGUUUUUACGCAUACUUUGUCAUUAUGGCUGAGUAUGGCUUCAAAUCGGACCUACUGUUCGGACUCAGGAAGGACUGGGACUCAAAGGGUGUCAACGAUUUGACCGAUUCGUACGGACAGGAAUGGACAUAUAAAGCUCGUAAACAAGUAGAGUAUACGUGUCACACGGCCUUCUUCGUGUCCAUAGUGGUGGUCCAAUGGGCCGAUCUUAUCGUAUGUAAAACCCGACGCAACUCUAUUAUACAUCAAGGAAUGAGGAAUCAUGUAUUGAAUAUUGGUCUACUAUUUGAGACAUGUUUAGCAGCGUUUUUAUCGUACUGUCCGGGAAUGCCUGUACUUCUCAGACUAUAUCCAUUAAAGUUUUCGUGGUGGUUCCCAGCAUUGCCUUUUUCACUGUUAAUAUUCUUCUAUGACGAGGCCAGACGUUUCAUUUUGCGCCGAAAUCCGGGCGGUUGGGUUGAAUUGGAGACAUAUUAUUGAUUUUAUUAUUAUUAUUAUUAUUAUUACGAUUGUUGGUCACACACACACACAAACACUCACAUACAUUAACACAUUACCUGAUCCUAGCGAUUCAACAUACCGUCACCGAUACCAACACAAACAAACCAAACACUAAACAACUUUCUUUCUCUCUUUCUUUCUUUCUUUCUUUCUAUUUCUCUGUCUCUCAUAUGUAUUAAAUGAUUAUAUAUUAUAUAUAAUUGCA